AUGGCGCGACGGUAUGAGAUCGCCGAGCUGAUAUGGCUCCGAGAAUCUCCCCUCGUCGUAAAGCCUUCCGGUCUACCUCCGAUUGAAGAAUGGAUGCCCCAACCAGACCCAACAACGCAGCGCAAGCAGCAAACCCCUCGUGACCCCAACAACCCCAAUGAAUCUGGCACAGGCCGCCGGUCUAGCUUCUUCGAAGCCAAACAUAUCUCCCGGGGAUCCAAUUCAGGUACGAAUCCCUCCCUUGUCGAUCACUGGCGUCGUGAUCAGUUUCGCUCUGGUCAACAUUACUCACCCGAUAUGCCACCAGAGGAUAUUGUACUCGGCCCUCCCAAGACUGCGUUCGCUUCAUCCCGUAUUGGCGGCAAAGGCUCCUUUGAUUUGACCCCGGAACGACCAGUUCGGCAACCCGAGGUGGAUGAGAAGAAUGACAGAUUCAACUUCCGAGAUCGAUUCUUCAAGGACCGCGAUGCUACAGAUAAAGAUUUUGCUGGACGAGAGGGUAAACCGGCGCCACUGAAUGGCCGGCGCGGGGAGAGAGAAGACUGGAAUGCUGGGCGCCCGCGUCGCACAUUUGGUCCAGAAGAUCAGGAACGCAAGCCGAGACGAAACGGGGAAUUCGACCGAUGGGAGAAUAAAGAAGGCUCUCGCGAUCUCACCACUGAACGAACCUCCCAGAAAGAGGGCAGAUUCCCCCCGCGCAAAGACGGGCAGACCCCACGAUCUAAAUACGAAGGAAGCUGGUUCCGCGAUGAGAAUAACCCCAACAUUAACAGCAAUAACCAUGAGGGUGCCGAGCUCGAUGAGGACAAACCACCUCUACGCAACCGGGAAUGGCGCCAGAACCAAACCCGACAUGGCACUGAGCGCGAAUGGAACCGCGGUGCCAAAUUUGAAACAGAGCCUGAGUGGUUGGAUACCAACGACAACGAGCCACGACGAGCACAUACCCAGGAAGACUUUGAGCGCUGGAAGGAGCGUAUGAAGGCUGGAUCUGGAGGAGCUUCGCAAGGCCCUCCACAGGCAGAGGAGAAGAGAGAGGCGCAUGCUGAACACAAGGCGGAGACCCACCGUACCGAUGGUGAGAUCUUCAGCAAUUCCGGCACUCCUUUCAUGUCGGACAAUUCUAUGGAACGCUUCUUCGGUCUUUUGGGAGACUCGAAACAGCAGCCUCAAGCUCAGCCCCAGCCCCCCGAGGUUAGCACCCCCAGCUCCGCCGAGUCGAUGACCAAGAAGGAGCCUUUCCCCUUCCCAGGAAAGCCUGGAAAGUCAUCUCGUUUCGCUGGUCUAUUCAGCCCCAUGCCCGAAAGCCCUGCCAGAGAGCCCGUACCCGAGCCCUACUUCCCCCCUCAGCCGGCACAGACACAGGCACCGCCACCGGUACUGGAGAGCAUGCCCCUUCCUUCCCACAGUGCCGACCAAGAAGGUUUCCAGCGCAUUUUGCAGAUGCUUGGAGGUCAACGGUCAGGAAACUCUACGCCUCAGCAGGCAGGUCUUUCCCAGCCGAGACAUUCAUCGAUCCAUGCAGAGCAACAACGAGCUGCUAUGGCCAUGUCAUCCCCCUCCAGGGAAUCCCAUAACCAAAUAGACUUCAUGGGCUCUGGUCCAGAGAUUCCUCUAUCCCAAGCUAGUGCCAAGGAUCCUCAGUCAAUGGAGAGAGCACACUUGCUUCGCUUGAUGCAGCAGGUUCGAGUAGGCCCAUCGCCCGCUGGCAACCCAUCCCAGCAAUCUCCCGGUGCCGGUAUUGCUCCUCCCCCGGGCCUGAUGCCAGAAGGCAUGCCACGCCCCCCCUCCCGCGAGCAGCUCCGACGCCGCCCUGCCAAUGGCCCACCCAUAGGCUACUUUGAUGACAUGCCCUUCCCCCAGGGUAACCAGGGCCCUAUGACUCCUGGCGGUCCUAUGACCCCCGGUGGCUCACGGCCUCCGCAAGGCCCCCCAAUGGGUCUGCAGCGACCCCCAGGACUGGACCAUUUGCCUCCUCCGGGAUGGUCUGGUCAGCCAGUCCCGCAACAGGGCAACGUACCAAGCCCCAUGGGUCCUCCUCCCGGCAUCCCCACUCCUGGCCGCGGCAUGAACCCCAACUUUCCGCCUGGCAUGCUCCCUAUGCCCGGUAACGCACCCCCGCUCAACGAACGUCAAGCCUUCCCCCGUGGCCCACCUCCCGGCAUGAUGCCGCCUCCGGGAUACAUGAACGGCCCUCCCCCAGGCUUCCCUCCUAUGCCACCCAACCCAGAGGCCAUGAUGGGACUCGGACCCGGUGGCCAGGGACCUUUCGGACCAGGCAACCCAGGACCACAGGGUCCUCCUUCAUCCCGUCACCUGCUUGAAAUGUUCGGCCAGCCCAACGGCGGUGACCCCCGUGGCGGCAUGGUCGGCCCAGGCCCAUUCAGGUAG